UGACUCUUGAAUAAUAAUUUCCAUACACAUUUAUGCACUUUAGAUUCGUUCUAUGACUUUUAAUGAAUACUGUGCUGCACUGUGUUGAAAGCUCCUAAAAUCUUUUUCCAAAAAAUUAAGUACUCAAAAGAAAAGUUUCAAAAUCCAGCGUGAAAAAUAUUUAUGAAAAAUACUUAUGCAAGCAUAUCCCUCAAGUGGCUUGCUUUCGUACGUGAUUGUGCGUGUUUAAGUGCGUGUUAAUCCUACUGCGUUUUGAAGCGCUCGCGUUGUUGCGCUCACGAGCAGAUGCGCAUGCACUUGCGUUGUUUAUUCACUUGAACGCUGUUUGCUGUUCGCUGCCUGCUAAUAAACAUCUCUCUGCCGUUUGCUGUUUCGCUGCACAUAUCGCUACUUCUUCGGCAUUCGCGACAAGCGUGAGACGAGUGUGUGUGCGUGUGUUUGGAUUAGGCUGCUGCCGCUGCUGCUGUAACGAGACGCGCCUAUAAAGUGAAGUAUGGAGCACAGCCGUGAAUCUGAGCAAACAUGAAUGCCUACCAUACAAAACAAACUUAAAUUAAAAACCAAAAUUGAAAAUAUACUUUAGUUGGCUAGUAAAACGCACACAUACAAAUAUACUUAACGACAUUCUUAUCAUUGGUGAUGCGUCGAAAAGUGGAGCGACACAGCAGCGCACUGCAGCCAACGGCUACAGCGACGGCUACGGCAGCAGUGAUGACUGUAAGAAAAAUACCAAAAUCCCACAAAAGCCAAAAUUCCUCAACGGUGACCGCAAGAAUAAUGCGAACGAUCAGUUGGCCACUUUCAAUGGCAAAAAUGCAGCACAGUGGGCCGACAUGCACCGUAAGGUGGUUGGGAUUGUUGACGCUGCAGCUGCUAUUGCUGGCCACACGUAAUAUUGAGUGUCUGCAGGACGAAUUCGCACAUCCCUCCAUUUCACAAAUAUCUCCGAAAUCCAGCAAUCAAGUAAUAGCCGAUGGCUUGUCUUUGCACACCACAUCGAACCUAAGGAUCGAGAGCACAAUUGCAGACACAUCCAUGGCCGAUAAUAUACUACCGAUUGAUGAGGCCCCACUGAGUCACGAAGAUAACGAAACACGUCAACAUAUACGCAUAGAACGAUCUGCCCUGCCCAUACUGAAUGACAAUUACCCAAAAUCUGGUCCCAAUGAUGUGCAUUUUCCUAGUGAUACAGAGAAGGAAGCUGGUGCUGGUCGCUACUUUCAAUACAACAUCAAACCGACGGUCACACUGAACGACGCAAGCUCUGAGGCACCGGAACGCACACAACGCGUUCGUGCAGGCAAAACAUUUAAGCCAACAUUUAGUGGCAUUGCAGUGCCGUCUAUGGCAGCUACAGCUUCAGCUUCAGCAUCGGAUUCUUUUUUAGUGAAAGGGGACCUACGACCGCUUAUGUCGGGGUCCCCGAUCAGUCCGACGCGCAGUAUUGCUACCUCGACGGCGGCCACUGCCACGGCAUUGCCACAUAAUCCGCGUCAAAACUCUAACCCUGAUAUACAAGAUAUCAUAACAGGCAUCGUGAAGCUGUUGAAUGGCAAUGUGAACGUUCAUGCAAAUACACAGGGCCAUCGACGUCCGUCUGCUAGUCGCAUCAAUAACCGCGGACCGCCACGUAUCUCUGAUGUGCAGACGUUACCGAUCGAUUACGAUACGCAAAAGAAACCAUUGGGUUCAUCCAAUCGCCCACCACCUUAUACUGGACUAUUUGAUCGUCCCGAACGGCCGUUUAUUACAGGUGUGCCAAUACCGGAACAAAUUGUGCCUUUACGACCGGGUUUCAUAAGUCAACGGCCGCCGUGGCAUAGACCAAAACCACGUCCUCCCAUUACUACAGCUAUAGGUGGCAGACGCCCCAUACCGCAGUAUAAGCCGCUGCCGACUUCACAAUUGGCACCGCCGGCUGCAGAAGAAUCUCCAAUUCCUGCUAAAGAAACACUCGAGACUCCGACAUUACAACAUUCUGCAGAAACUGAAAUAUCAGUACCGCCAGACUACAAUGAUGCAAAUGCAGACAUGCCUAAACCAACCGACGCAGCCUACGAUUCUGAAUUUUCAAAUGAAGAUACCAAUUCACAAUAUAUUGAGGUGUCCGAUCAGGACUCUAAUGAAACUGCCGAUGCAGCGCCUAUGUCGGUGGAGAGUGCAGAAUUGGAAGAGGAAGAGUCCGCGCCCACACAGGCUUCGCCGCCACCUAUGAAGAAAGAUGAAUACAGCAACAAGAAGAAACCCACGAAGCAUAAGACGGCCGACAAGAAGAAACCAACUCAAGGCGUUCUUUCCGCACAAAUCGAGGCAAGCUCUGUUGCAAACACUGAAAUGCAAAUGUCUUCAACUUACGCACCUAUGCCCAUGGAGAAUAUCGAAGGGGUUGGUAUUGACCCAUCUACCGAAGAGGUCAUUUUCAUGACGCCGAGUAAGACGCCUGUACUGGAGAGCACCUCCAAACAGGCUGAUGCCGGUUUAUCUAAUACAUUAACCACACAGAGCUCAAUAGUAACGGCUGCAUUACCAGACACAGUUACGAACUCAAUUGAGCUGAGCUCAGCGAGUAGCACUGAACUGCUGGCAACUAUUGCACCCGCUCCAACUAAUACCACUCCCACACCUUCCACUACCACUACCACCACCACCACCAGAAUUUUCACUACCACUACAACCAAUUCUAUUUCCGUCGCUACGACAGCGACGACCACUGCUAAUACCAUCCCUACGCCAUUACCACAACCACCAAACGACUACCAACCACGUCCAGGUAUUGUACUUGAUGACCCUGAAUUUAAACCAGGUGGAAGACCCCGACCCCCACGACCUCAACAAUCCCGUCCUUUAGAUCCGCAACAGAUGCCGCCAACCCAUAUUCAACCCACACGACAGCAUUUGCCUCCGGGCUAUGGCGAAAUCUUUGAUGUUACGCUUUCGGCUAUACAAGGACCAGGGUCUGUGGGCGGUUCACAGCAAACGAUCAACAUCAAACCGUAUGGCUCCUAUGGUAGCGGUGGUGGUCAUCAAGGCGACAUCAUAGUGUCUGCGGCAGGUGAUGAUGGUUUUGUUUCAAUCGAUGGUAAGCGCACUUACAUCAAUCUCUUUGGUGAUCCAACAGAUUCGCCCAUUGGAGUGCCCACAACGCCAGCAACAGCUAUACCACAAUUACCUGGUGGCGGAGUGACACAUUUACCUGGAGCUGGUAGUGGUAGCGGUAGCGGAAGCGGAAGCAGUGGAAAUGGUAGCAGCGGUGGUAAUAAUGCAGCUACUCAAAACACUCUACCCAGCCUGGGAUCGGGAUAUGGUAUACCGGAGACGGAGGUUGUAGAUUUAGAACCGACGAAAGCGAACAGCGUGAAAACGCAAUCGCCCACCACUAAUGCUGGACCAACGCGACCGAUUUAUCGAUCACGACCGACGCAACCGCCAGUGCGUAUAGACACUUGCAUCGUGGGCGAUGACUCAACUUGUGACCAAGCGCAACAUGAACGCUGUAAAACAGAAAAUGGAGUCUCGAGUUGUCACUGUCGACCGGGUUACUCACGUCGCAAGCAUCGGGAACCGUGUAGAAAAGUCAUAUCCUUUUACCUGGGCAUGCGCGUCGAUCGUAUUUAUGAGCAUCGCAUUGUGUGGGAUAAUAAACUAUUGGAUAAGCAUAGUGAGCCCUACGGACAGCUGAGCUACGAGUCGAUACGCGCAAUCGACUCCGCCAUGUCGAUGACACCCUACUCGGAUGAGUUUAUGGAAGCGCGCGUCAACAAUAUCUACCGUGGCGAUCCAAAUUUCGGUGGCAGUGGUGUGUAUGUGAACAUGACGAUUAAACUCGAUGAAAGUGUUGAAACGCUUCGUCCCAACUUGCGCGCCGAUGUACAAAAACACUUGCUGGGUGUGCUCCACCGGCGCAACAAUAACAUUGGCAACUCUGUACUCUAUGUCACGUCACCGGAAAGCGCUAUAACUGCCUUGCAUGAUCUGGACGAAUGUCAGUCGCGCGAGUUGAAUGAUUGCCAUGCGAGUGCCACCUGUUCGAACUCAUGGGGUAGUUUUCGUUGCGCCUGCGAGACGGGCAUGCGUGAUCCAUGGGCCGAUCAACCACAGCGCGCCGGUCGUGACUGUCAAUCGUGUCCAGACUCGUACUGCAAUAAUCGUGGCACUUGCAGCUAUAACGAAGAAGGAAAUCAGGUUUGCUCUUGCGAUUCUAGCCACUAUGGUGGCCAAUGUGAAAUCGAUGGCGAAGUGCUUGGCGUGGCCAUUGGCGCCUCCCUAGCUGCGGUCGUUAUCAUUGUGCUGACUUUGGUUUGUCUGAUAAUGUGGUCGCGUCGUUGGCAACGAGAACAGAAAAAUGCCAUAGGUUCGCCGGUGUUUGGAUACAUGAAUACGGCACCAAUGAAAUCGGCCGGUUUGCCGGGACAACCGGGCUAUCAAGUGACUUUGGAAGAUCGCAUGCGCUGGGCGCAGAUUGCUGAUGUAAUGGCACAGACAAACCAUUACGGGGUAAGUCCGAUUGCUGAACCAGUGGGACCCACACGUCCGUCGUCGGCAAUGUUCGCUUAUCCAAAUCUACAGACAAUGGGUAUAGGCACCCUUGGCGGCAUGUCGAUGCAGAGCACCAUGCAGAUGCAUCAAUCUGGCAGUAUGGCACCACCGGUUCCUCUGCCACGGUAUGAGUGCGUAUACCCCUCAGACAAUUCCUCAAAUACGCAUAAAAAAAGACUGGGGUUGAGUUCACGAUCGAAUGGCAUGCGAACGCUGGAGAAUUCCAGCUCGAGCGAAGAGGAGGAUCGAACCGAUCUGCUCGGACGUAAUUUUCAAGUACCACGACCAAAGAGUAGAAGCAAUGGCAGCAUAGCGAAUCAAUCGGGCAUCUACUAUGAUGUAGAUUAUGAGCCAUCAGGCAAUGGCAUUGGCAAUACGAGUGUGGACCAUUUAUAUGGUUCACAAAAUCAGUCAUCAUCACACUCGCAUACGCACUCACACUCGCACAGUGGCAAUAAUCACAUACCAGGACCACAAGGUAUACCAAUGAGCACUUACACAUCAGGAAGAGGUCCAAGUAGUUACUAUAUGAAAUAGUAUAGCUGAUGCGUAUUUUAUACAUAUAGGUAUAUUAAUACAUACAUACAUAGAUAUGCGUAUAUGCGUAUAAGUACAUACACAUAGAUACAUUUACUUAUUGGAGUUCCGAUGCACACUGCACACUUGACAUUGGGAUUCAUUACACACACAUACAUAGUUAACAAUGAAAACUAUUUGUGGAAUUGCAGAUAUGAUAGUUUCUUGUAAUAUGUACUAAGAGCUAGUCGUUAAGUGAAUAGUUGUACAUAAGGAGUAAUGAAAUAAAAUACUACUGCUAAAUUAAAGUAAGAAAUGAAUAUUGCACGAAUACUGUAAAUGUAUUAUUUAUUUAGCUUUUAGUUAAACUAAGUUUAUUUAUUGAAAUUGUACUAACCAUAAAAUUUUCAUUUACAAAUACAAUUAAGUGUGGUGAAGAAGCAAUUUUUAGUGUAAUGGAGUAUUUGAAUAACUUUCCGAAUUGUUUAUAAAGUAUCCAUAAAAUUGUUAUAAAUGUAAUUAGUUGUAAAAAUGUAGUGUAUGUACAUACAACGAUUUAACGAAUGUAAUAAUAAACUUAAUUCUAACUAAAAAUACUAAGUGUGCGAACUUAUUGCCCUCAUUUCCGUACAGACA